GGCGAAAAGCUGAAGAACGUUGCAAGCAAAAGGGAAACGAUUCACGAAUCCAUCGGGGAAGCUAGUAGAGCUGGAGAUUGCGCAAAAAAUAAGGAUACGCAUUUGUUUCUUUUUCUAAUAAGAGAGAAUCUCUGGACUUCUGAACCAAAAGUCGAACCCAACAGAGUCAGUGCAACUACCGCGUCGUAAAUUAAUACCGCGAACCCCAUGUCAUGCCUGAAAUUGCCCACGGCAGCAGCUUCCUUUUACACCCACAAGCCCUGCGGCUGCCACCUCAACCUCACCCAAUGGGUCCGCACUACAGCUGCGGCCGCGGCCGCGGGCAACAACUCUGUCGCCAAACUAAAGCUCAAACCCAUACCCUUCGAAGCCCUGUAUUGCAACAGGAACAGGGAGCAAAUACCCGCUAUUUAUAAAUGUGGGUGGAGGAUAGCCCCGUGCGCACCAUUCACACCCUCGGCGCACGAUAAACUUGCCCCUAAAGCAAUAGGGUUUCGUGGCGUCCACCAAAAGCACUCCCCCGCUCUCUCUUUACGCAGCAAUAGCUCCGAAGAGAAAGGAGGAUUUUCCGCCUCUGGCUCUGGGUCUUCCGAGUCAGGUCUCGUGGCAGAUAUGGGUACAGAAAGCCAGGACCGCCACGAUUUAUUCCAAUCGCCGCCGUCAAUGCAGAACCAGCAGCAACAGAAAGAACAACAGCAACAUACUUCGAAAUUGCUCACAUUACCCACCAUCUUAACGCUCGGUCGCGUCGCCUCUGUACCGCUUCUCGUAAGCGCCUUCUACGUAGAUAGUUGGUGGGGACCAACUGCUACGACAAGUAUUUUCAUCUCUGCUGCAGUUACUGAUUGGCUUGACGGCUAUCUUGCUCGGAAGAUGAGACUAGGAUCUGCAUUUGGUGCAUUUCUAGACCCAGUAGCUGACAAGCUUAUGGUUGCUGCCACAUUGGUCUUGUUGUGUACCCAACCAGUGGAAGUUGCCAUGUUUGGACAAGUACCAUGGCUAUUCGCUGUACCUUCAAUUGCCAUAAUUGGUAGGGAGAUAACUAUGUCUGCAGUUAGAGAAUGGGCUGCUUCCCAGAAUAGUAAGCUUUUAGAGGCUGUUGCUGUAAAUAACUUGGGGAAGUGGAAAACAGCCACACAGAUGACCGCACUAACCAUCCUUUUGGCUACCAGAGAUAGCAGUCUUGGAGGGCCGGGGGUUUUUGUAGCUUCUGGAGUUGGGUUGUUGUACAUCUCAGCUGGACUCUCUGUAUGGUCAUUAGUUGUGUAUAUGAGGAAGAUUUGGAAAGCACUGCCAAAGUAGAUUUGCCAGCUUUGCCGGUGGUGAUACUAAUAUAUAUACUCCUCACUGAGGGAUUGUUUGGAUGCGGGAACAGUACUUGAAGUUCUUCACACACAACCCCUUAAGAUGAUUAUCUUCAAGUAGACGAAGAGCAAAGAUUUUUCAUAAAAGCUUCCCACUUUUUAAAGUGAAUUUAGGUUGAAUUGUUUUAAAGGGGUCAGUAUCACUUUGUUUAUGGCUGUAUCCAAGGUCUUAAAGAUCACAAAAUUACCAUGUUGGCAUAUCUGCAGGGAAAUAGUUUGAUGUAGAUGUUUGAACAAUUUUUUCUCCAUCUUCAAUCUUCAUUAUUUUUUGUUGGAGCCAUGCUUGUUUUGGCUUGGAAAAUGGUGGAUAGAUUGGAGGAUUUAUAAGUAAUUUGGUUGUUAUUAAUUUCUUGAAGUCGAAAUAGUUUUCUUGUCCUA